AUGAUAUUAGUCAUAGUCUUCACGCCGGGUAUCCCCCGUAAUAACCCGUGUAGUAGUCCCCUACAAGAUGAAGGCUCACAUCAACAUUUCCGGCUGAGGAUCUUCCAAGUCGCAGACGUGGAUGGCAGCGGGUCCCUCAGCAAGGCCGAAGUCGGGACCUACCUUUGCCGCAAGGAAGUGACGGAGAAACUUCAGUCGUUGAAAUUGUUCGUGCCGGAUUGGUUAGAGAUCUUUGAUGCUAUGGAUGCAGACGGUGAUGGAGGCUUGAGCUGGGCAGAGCUGUCGACGGCCAUGCAGCGCAUUUGGACCCAGCUAGCUGGCAACGAGCCCGCAAAGACCGUGGCCGAUGAGCAAGCUGACUGCAUUGACCUAGGUGCCGCCAGCUUCUCCUCGCUGUGCCGGGUCGUGAUGAGCGCAUUGGAUGCAGUCGCCUGCGAAAUCCAAGCGCGCAACAAUGCGUCCGCGCGGGCCAAAGAGCUCGGAGAAGGUGGAUUGGCAGAAAUGGUGGCGGAAAUUCUCUACGUCCCUGAAGUGUUCAAGAUUGACAUCGACGAGCAGGUGGACGCGAUCAAUUGGUUCUGGACGUGGUGGAGACGACCGCGCCUAGCUAAGUUUGAGUUGUCCCAGCUUGCAAACGUCAUCUCCAAGGGAGUGGACCGCUAUGGGCACGACAGCGACUAUGUCAAGCCAAAGCAGUUUACCUUCGAUCCCUUGGACUCCGUUUUCAAGUCUACGGAUCCCACUGCACAGGAAGGAUCACAGGCCGCAGUUUUCCAGGAGCUGGGGAUACCCAUCCUGGAGAACGCCCUGGAUGCCUACAACGGCUGCAUCAUGGCCUAUGGGCAGACGGGCUCGGGAAAGAGCUACAGCGUGUUGGGCGACCCGGCCAGUGAAAGAGAUCAAGGCUUGCUGCCACGGGCGUGUGAAUGCUUGUUCGAGAUGAUCUCGAGGCAGAAGCAAAGCGUCGAGAAAGAGGGCACGCCAUUGCAGACUGCCGUGUUGGCCAGCUACCUGGAAAUCUACCAGGAGAAGAUGUAUGACCUGCUCGUGAACACAAGGACAGACCUGCAAGUCAGGCUCCAUCCUGCUCUCGGGCCACACGUUCCGGGCCUCAUUCAGAGCCCUGUGUCCACCAGCAAGGAGGUGCGCGAACUCUUGGAUUUCGGUGCCAAAAACCGAGCUGUGGGUGCUACGAGCAUGAAUGCCAACUCCUCGCGGUCUCAUGCAGUGUUCACCUUGGACAUUCGCUUGAGCUACUCAGGGCCACAAGCUCGAGAUCUUCAGUCUAGAAUCCACUUUGUGGACCUGGCUGGAAGCGAGAAGCAGAAGAAGACCCACGCUUCUGGAGAGCGGCUUCAGGAAGGCAUCGCCAUCAAUCAGUCACUGUCAGCUCUAAGCCGGGUCAUCCAGGCUCUUGCCGGAACAGCUGGAAGCGGCAUCUUACCCGUCUUCCGUGAGUCCAAGCUCACAUUGCUGCUAAAGGAUGCGCUCAGUGGCAACAGCCGCACAGUCUUGUUGGCCUGCAUAAGUCCUGCGCGUGCAAAUUUCGAAGAGACCAUCAGCACAUUGGAAUUUGCCGCACGCUGCAAAUUGAUUAAAACCAACGCCAAAAAGAACGAGCAGGAUAAGCGCGAGUUGAUCGAGACGCUCUCCAAAGAAAAACAAGAAGUUCAGGAUCGACUAGAGGCCGAGAGGCAACAAAAGCUUUUACUGCAGCAAGAACUGGAGCGGGAAGUGGAAGAAUCGAAGAAGAACCAGGACCUGGCGCAGAAGAUGCAGGAGGAAAAGCAGCGCAUUGAAGAACAGCUCAGAAGUUUGCAGAACGCGGAACAGCAGCUCCAGCUGGUUAAGAGGGAGCAGGACGACAAAGCACAGGAGUGGGAUCGCUUGCAGCGCCUGAACGAGGAGAAGGAGGCAGAGCUCCAGCAACGACUGCAGCAAAUUGAUGCCAGUCAUGCAGAAACGGCUGUGAUGGAGCGGCAGCUGCGCGAGCUUCGCGAACUGCAAGAGCGAGAAAGCCGAGCUAGAGCAGAGGAAAUGAGAACCAUGCAGGAGCGUGAACAAAGACAGCAACAGGAGCUGGAGCGCAUGCAGCAGAAGAAGGCAGAAGCACUUUCACAAGCUGAGCGAGAACGUCAGGAGGCCGUCGAGGAGCUUCAGGCCAAGCUGCAGGCAGUCCAGCAGCGUGAGGAGGAGGAGCGGCAGCGUGUGGAGGCUGCUCGGACGCUGGAGGCCGAGCUACGACAGCGCAUUGAGGAAGAAAUGAAGCGCUCGCAAAACAGAGAGGAGGACCUGAAGCGAGAACUACAAGGCCUUCAGAGCCUUAGCGACAGCUGGACUCUGAAGAACACCGAUAUCGAAAAGACGGCUCAGGAGCACAAAAUCUUCCGUGAGCGCCUUCUCAAAGAGCUUGGCAUAUCGGGGAUGGAGCAUGACGUGGAGGAUGCCCAAAAAGUUCCUCGGCUGGUAAACAUGAAUCCAGAUCCUUCCCUGGAGGGCUGCUUGAUCUACUACCUGCCGCUUGGCGAGACGAGAAUUGGGGCCGACAGGGAGCAAUGCCAUGUAUGCUUAGCUGGCCUGGAUGUUGCCGAUCUAGUUUGUGAGAUCGUGAACGACGAUCAUCAGAAGCUGGAGGUGCUCCCUUUACCAGAUGGCCUGGUUCGUGUCAAUGGCUGCCAAGUUGUGGAGGAUGCGCAGAUGCUUGAGAGUGGCGACCGCCUUGCGAUCGGGCGGGCUCACAUCUUCCGUGUGGUGAUCCCAGAAAACAGCUCUGCAGAGACAGCAGAAGAAGAGGACUUCGAGACAGCCAUGAAGGAGCUGCAAGCCAACAGCCAGGUUGACCCUCGAUGGAGACGCGGGGUGGAUGAUGCUGUCAUGAUCGUGAAGAGAGAUUAUGGCACGAAAGAGGCGAAUCUCCUGCUGGAGUCUGCGAAGGCAGCAUCUGAAGUGGUUGCUGAAGCCAAUGCCAUCCUCAAAGUGGUGCCGCAGGACUGGAGAAAUGGCGUAUCCCAUUACGAGCUGGCUGUUCUUUUUCAGGCUGAUGGCUUUCCCACGGUCUGUGUUGUAGCCAGAUCGGAGGAUGACCCGCUGCCUGUGCUAGAACAAGGCACCUGGCAGGAGCGAGGCUUCUCGGCAGGUAUUUGGGAGGCUGGACGGUUUUGGGAGGACCGUUUGCCGCUGAUGCACGAGGCCGCCGAGCUGCUGCAGCGGAGACCCACUCGAUGCCCCGUUGGCAUAGAGAGCUUCCUGGACACCGCAGUGGACACGGCAAAGGACCCGUCCAGCGAGUUGGACUGGGAGUUGCAGGCCUUUUCCGAGGUAGAGUUGGACACUUUCCAGGAGCUCUCCAACAAGUACAAGGAGCUGCAACUAGCCAAGAAGAAGAAGGAGGAGGAGGAGCGCAAGCAGGACGCAGGGCCAGGCAUUCUGGAUUUCUUCUUCGGAGCUCGAAAGCGAGGUCCAGAGGAAAGCAAAGACAGCAAGGAGUUGGUGCCCACGGCGCCCGCCCGGCUUUUCGAGUGGCUAAGUGGCCAGCUCCGUUCAGAGAAGGAGCCAGAGACUGGUGCAGCAGCUGCAGAAAAGUUCAAAGCAAAUGCUGUAAAGAAGGUUCGAGAGAAGCGUGAAGCCAGCGAGCCGCUAAAGUGCCGCAGGCCUUCAAUGGCACCGCGUGGAACGUUGGUUGCCGAAGCAGUUGCAGGCGGUGGCUAUUUGGAGGUGCCCAAAUCCAUGGUGAAGCGGUCAUCUUCCUCUUCCACGUCAUCAAACCGGCGGGCGACGGUGGCAGCCAAAGAUGCUUCCCCAAAAGGCGAGGCCUGGCCCGCAGCAGAGGACCUGCUGGAGAAAUUCACUUCCUCUCCCAAGGAUGACAUUCGAAUUGAUGUUGCUCGACUGGAGGCGCCCAUCCGCAGAGCGAGUAAGUCUGGAAUCGAAGUGGUGCAUCGGGAGCCUUCGCCCUCGAGUCCAGCAAGCCCGGCUCAGAGCCCGGCUCAGGAGGAUGAGCGCCUCACUGUCGAGAUCCUCGUGAAGGAGCUCUUCAACGAGGACAAGCUUGGCGUUCGCCUGCGGAUGGAAGGACUGGUAGUCAGCAACUUCGACGUUCCCGAGGCGGCUGACGUGGGAUGGCACUUCGGGGAUGAGAUAGUGGCCGUGAAUGGCCGCAGUGUCAGCACCCGAGAGGAGUUCCGCACCGUCUUGGCCAAUGCUCGCAAGCAGCUUCCCAUCACUUUCACAGUGAAGAGGCAGCGCCCCAGCUUGGGGAGAGCGCGGAGGACAGUGGCAGGGGCGAGGCCUCACACGGAGUCUACCAGUCUUGGGCCGCGAGAUAGAGCUGCGAAGCGAAAGGCGCGUGCAAGCACCAGCGUUCCCUACCGUGUAAAGGACACGGAGUGA